AUACAAUAUGCUGUUAAAAAUGCUGUCAGUUACAGAUUAUUUUUUUCUCCAUGGAUUAUCAUAUCGUUUAUGAUUCUUUGAUUUUGGACAUUUGGUAAAACCCUAACUGGUUAGUGUUGUGCUUUCGUCCUCCGACCACCAGGAAGCGAUGUUUCACAUAACCGAUAAUUUGUGAUGGCUACUACUGAGAUGGAAUCUGGUUCUUUGGAAAGCAGACCAGAACAUAGGACAGUGGGCUCUAACUCAAAUUACCCACUGAAAGUACUUUACUGUGGAGUGUGCUCUCUGCCUACUGAGUACUGUGAGUACAUGCCUGAGCCAGCCAAAUGUAGGGUUUGGCUUGAGAAGAACUUCCCAGAUGUAUUUGCCAGGAUGACUGUAGGCCCGGCAGCAGAUGCACCCAGCCAGGAGCUCGGCACUGGAGAAGCUCCCCCUGCAGGCGAGGAGGAGAAAAAGAAACAGAGGAGAGGUGGAAAAGGCCUGAUCAAACAGAAAAAGAAGACUCUGCCUCAGAAAGUCACGAUAGCAAAAAUCCCCCGAGCCAAGAAAAAAUAUGUCACAAGGGUGUGUGGCAUGGCAACAUUUGACAUUGAACUUAAAGAGGCUCAGCGAUUCUUCGCCCAGAAAUUCUCUUGUGGUGCCUCGGUUACAGCAGAGGAUGAAAUCAUCAUUCAGGGAGAUUUUACAGAUGACAUAAUCGACGUCAUUCAAGAGAAGUGGCCUGAGGUGGACGAUGACAGCAUUGAUGAUCUGGGUGAAGUCAAGAAGUGAAGACCAAAUAUGCACUUUUACUGAAAUGGAUGUGACCUGUAACAACAACAACAACAACCUGGCCAAAUGUACACAUUAAGUCAUUUUAUACCUAUUUUAUUUACUGUUCAUAAAAAGCUGCGGACUCGGCCACUCACUUGGCUUUUUUUUUUUUUUUUUUAAUAGCUGCUUUCUCUCGUUUGCCAAAGGUGUGGUAUGACGUGAAUCCCUCCCAAAAUGUUCUUCACUCUAGCAAAAACUGUAGGCUAAUAAAUUUCAGUCUCCUUCGCCUCUA